UGUUUUGUCUGCCUACUCUGUGAAGAGAACUUACUAUCCCCUAAUGUGAAGCUCAGAAGUACGCACGAAAGUAGCACAGAAUCUGAAAAAUAUAAAUCUAAAACCUGAGGCAUCACCAUAAACUGUAACAAAGAAGGAUUUCCCCACAUGACUUGCUAGUAGCCUUGUCCACUGUCUCCUUGUUGACCUGGAUACCAAAUUUAGCAGCCAGCAUUGCUACUGCCUUUGAUACCUCACCAAAGAUAGAGGAUUUUAUCUCACAAUAAAAUGGUUAUUGAUUUGGUACCUCUUUCUGGAGGUAACAAGGGCACAUCCAGCAGAUGUACUCAAGACUUUUUCAUGAGUUUCUCCAUUGUAGCUAUGAGCUCCUUUUCUCUGCAGGCCUUUGACUGCAAGGCUGUGGGAGGCAGAUGAGCACCAGACUCUUCAGGAUUCUCCUCUUCAGGAUUCUCCAUGGGAUUUGGAGGCAGAGCUGCAGGAGAAGAGAGUACAGAGUGAGGCGUUACAAUUUUAAAGUCUUGUUGACCCUUGCAAAGCAGGGAAGGGAGGUUUGUGAAUAAUUUUUAUUGGUGCAGGUCUAACAAAAGGGAAAAACAACAUCACCUCAAGGUUCCAAGCUGCAUGCAGUUGGAGCUGAUCUGUUCACUUGGGCCUGGCCUGGUUCCCCUGGGCUGGCCAGGGUAUGUACAAAAUGGCUGGAACACUUCUGGAUGUUGGGCCCUUGGUACAUUGAACUGCUGUCUGUGUGGGAAUGAGAUCAUGUCUUGUCUUCUCUUGCACAGCAGCCUGCCGGAAGCUGGGAUGCACCAAGGGUGAGUGAACAGGUUACACAGUGAUUCUGACGUGUCAGGUAUUUCACAGAGCCUGCUGCCAGUUUAGGAACAUUUAGAUCUUUGAGACCCUUUUCCAGUGGCGUCCGUCAGAGAAAGAAAGAAAAGAGAGAAUGAAAAAUAAAUCUACUGUAUUACAGACACAAUGAGCUCUGGAUCAAAGGGGGAUGGAGCUUGAAAGGUGAUGUUUUCAAUUUUGCUGGCCAGAGGGGUUGUGACUCGGAUGGCAUGGGUAAACAAUGAGGAGAGAGACAGUCCCUUUGGGAGUCAGUGUCUGACUUAACGAGCCAGCAGUUAUUAAAAGAUGAAUAGAGGAGAAGUGAACCGUGCUUUCUGGCUGGUAGUGUGGCUUAUUUUCUUCUUUCUUUUCUCUCUUUCUCUCAAAGAUCAAAGGCCUAAUUUUAGAACAAGCCCUAUUUAUGGACUGCUCAGCCACUCUGUCUGCUUUACUCUUGUUCUAGAAAAAUGGAAAAUAAAUAGAGCUGGCAGGAUCUCCCAGUGUCCAGAGCUCAUCCCUGAUGCAAGGCAGGAGGAGAAAAAAAGAAAAAGACCUUUCCUAGCAGAGGUUCUGUGUGAUUUGUCUCUGCAGAGGGAGUUCCCCUCCCUCAGCUCUUUAAAUCUUUCCUCGUGAUCAGAAGCUGAAAAAAAAUGUGACCUGUGAGUGCUCCUGAUGUCCAGCAGAGCUAACUCCUCCUGAUCCCUGCCUUCUUGACGUGCCAUAGCUGACAGGACUGGGCAGAGUCCUCUUUCCAAGGCUGGUGCUGAGUAUGGAGCUGAGCGUUGGUUUGUGUGCCUGUGGAUUAUCCUCCUGUAGAUACAGCCCCCCAUGAUCAGUUGUACUUCUUUUCUUUUUACAAUAGCAUGAGAUGGUUGGGUCCACUCUAGGCUAUGAACUGAUAUAGCCAGACAUCCUUUCCACUCACUGACAGGCUGCCUCUGCCCUUCUCUGGAUCUCUAGACAAUUCCUACCGCUCAGUAGUUCUUUGUGUUUCCUCACAUUACUUGGCACUCCCCUGCCCCUUUCCUCCCCCUGCUGUUUUUCUAAUCUAUCAAAAUAAUUUUUAAUUGUUACCUUAUUCUGCAAAAUUUAGGGUGACAAUUGUCUGCAGUAACUGUGCUCAGUUCAGCUGAACAGUAACUGGGGGGAAACAUAUUGUGUGUAGGUGUAGCUUGAGAGUGAGCCUCUAAUUACCCCAUGAGAAUGCCUUUUUCUUUUUCUUCCGCUCCUUUGUGUCAGCAUUUCACCGAGUUUUCUAGGAUGAUGUUUCCAUAGUCCAUAUCACUUGAUACAGUGACAAAAUCCUGGAAACACUUGUGUAUUCAGAAUGAACUUGAGAGUGAUGUUUAAAGGCUGUGUCAGGAUCUGAUGGUGUAAGGAAGCUGCUCUUGCUGUAGGUGCUGUGUGCUGCCAGCUAAAGGCAUCCUUCCAGCGGGGCAGUCUGAUGCCCACACUGCUGCCUGCCAGGUAAAUCUGUCCUCUCCCCAGGUUUUGCAGUACUGAGGAUCUUCACUGCUCUGGAGCUUUGGGAGAAGGGAGAAGAAUCAGUCCAAAACCUCUGUGCUGGGAAUUGCACAAGAAGCAUUCCAGCUGGGGGCAGGGGUCUGUGCGUCUCUGCUCUCUGCACAGCUGAAGCCUAAUUGGUACAAAGCUGCAGAUAAGGGUGCGCUGUGCAGAGCUAGAGUGAAGUUAAUUCAUGCGGAAGAGCUUGUCUCACGAGUGGGAGUGCUGAGCAGAGGGAAGAAGUCUCCUAAAGCCGUUCAUCUUUCCAGAUUCCCGGCAGCGCUCGGCCGCACGCCGCCGUGGUGGGAGCCUGUCAGCCCCUGGAAUGAAGCGGGGCGGGCUGCGUAGCAACUGCAUUGAGAAGUGGUAACAAUUCCCAAGUGGGGCAGGAACAAAAUCGAUUUUUCUCCCCUUCAGCUUGGCAGCUCUCCAGGUGCCUGCUCUGGCACAAUGAAGUGUGUAGCUGGGGAGGGAGGGACUUUGGGUUGAUGUGGGGGGGGGUGUGAUACAAAGAGGCAGAAGUUUAAUCACUGACCCGAUCACACUGGAUGGAUUUAUUUCUGGACUCAAUUUCCCAGGAACUCUGCUAUUCCACAAGGGGUAAAAUGCCUCUGCUGAAGUUUCUCUAGCUCCAGUUUUGUGAAUAAAGAUCUGUCGCUUUGGAGUUACAGCAGCUCUGUCACUACUGACUCUUCCAUCUGCUUCAAGAAAAUGUUUGCUGUCCACUUGCUAGCUUUCCAUUUCACAAAGCUAAAAGAGGAUCAAAUAAAAAAGUCGGGAGAACUUCGGUGCUGAGGUGGAAAAUGAAGCCAACAACCAGCCCAAGGAGCCUGCGUGCCUCUGAGUGCCACCCUCCCUCUCUGCAGGUGGACAGGUUCCUGUACCAGCUGCGCCUCUCUGACGAUGUCCUGCUGGAUGUGACAGCUCGCUUCCAGGCCGAGAUGCUGAAGGGGCUGGGCAGAGACACCAACCCCACGGCAGCCGUGAAAAUGCUGCCCUCGUUCGUGCGCUCGCUGCCCGAUGGCUCAGAGAAGGGCGACUUCCUUGCUGUGGACCUGGGUGGCUCCCAGUUCCGUGCCCACCGGGUGAAGGUGUUUGAUGACGGGAAGCAGAGCAGCCAGCUGGAGAGCAAGUUCUACCCCACUCCCAAGGAGGUCACCCAGGGCAAUGGAGCCCAGCUCUUUGAUUACAUUGCUGACUGUCUGUCAGACUUCAUGGAGACCAAAAACCUGAAGCAGAAGAAGUUACCUCUUGGCUUUACGUUUUCUUUUCCAUGCAAACAGACCAAACUGGAUGAGGGGGUUCUCCUUGCCUGGACAAAACACUUCAGGGUCCGAGGAGUCCAGGACACAGACGUGGUCAGCUCUCUGCGCAGGGCCCUGCAGAAGCACCAGGACAUAGAUGUUGAUGUUUUGGCACUGGUCAAUGACACGGUGGGAACCAUGAUGACUUGUGGCUAUGAUGACCAGCGCUGUGAAGUUGGACUCAUAAUUGGGACUGGCACCAACGCCUGCUACAUGGAGGAGAUGAGGCACAUCAGCCUGGUGGAGGGGGACGAGGGCAGGAUGUGCAUCAACACCGAGUGGGGGGCCUUCGGAGACGACGGCGCUUUGGAUGAUCUCCGCACAGAGUUUGAUCGGGAGCUGGAUCUGGGCUCUCUCAACCCUGGAAAACAGUUGUUUGAGAAGAUGAUCAGCAGCCUGUAUUUGGGGGAACUUGUGAGACUCAUUCUCCUAAAAAUGACAAAGGAAGGUCUGCUCUUCAAUGGGAAAGUGUCAACAGCUCUGCUUACUAAGGGCAAGAUUGAAAUGAAACACGUGUCUGCAAUGGAAAAGUACAAGGAAGGCUUGAGCAACACAAAAGAGAUCCUUACAGAGCUGAACCUGUUUCCCUCUGAGGAGGACUGUGUUGCUGUUCAGCACGUCUGCACCAUCGUUUCCUUCCGCUCGGCCAACCUCUGCGCCGCCGCCUUGGCAGCCAUCCUGACCCGGCUCAGGGAGAACAAAAAGCUGCUGAGGAUGCGAACCACUGUUGGGAUUGAUGGGGGACUCUACAAAACCCACCCCAAGUACGCCAAACGCCUGCACGAGGUGGUGAGGAGGCUGGUGCCCACGUGCGACGUGCGGUUCCUGCUGUCGGAGAGCGGCAGCGGCCGCGGCGCCGCCGUGGUCACGGCGGUGGCACGCAGGCUGGCAGCCCAGCGCCGGCGCCUCGACGCCGCGCUCGCGCCCUUCCUGCUGCCCCCCGGCACCCUCCGGGAGGUGAGGGACAAGAUGAGGGCUGAGCUGGAGUACGGGCUGAAGAGAGAGACGCAAGCCCAGGCCACGGUGAAGAUGCUGCCCACGUACGUGUGUGGGACGCCAGAUGGAACAGAGAAAGGAAAGUUCCUCGCCCUUGACCUUGGUGGCACAAAUUUCAGGGUUCUGCUGGUCAAAAUCAAAAGCGGGAGAAGAAGAUCAGUGCAAAUGUAUAACAAAAUCUUUGCCAUUCCUUUGGAGAUCAUGCAAGGGACAGGAGAAGAGCUCUUUGACCAUAUUGUCCAGUGCAUAGCAGACUUUCUGGAGUAUAUGGGGAUUAAAGGUGCUCGGCUUCCUCUGGGCUUCACCUUCUCCUUCCCCUGCAGGCAAGCCAGCAUUGACAAGGGAACACUUGUGGGAUGGACAAAAGGAUUCAAGGCAACAGACUGUGAGGGGGAAGAUGUUGUUGAUAUGCUAAGAGAGGCCAUCAGGAGAAGAAAUGAAUUUGACUUGGACAUUGUAGCAGUGGUGAAUGACACUGUUGGCACCAUGAUGACUUGUGGCUAUGAGGAUCCCAACUGUGAGAUUGGCCUUAUUGCAGGAACAGGCACCAACGUUUGCUACAUGGAGGACAUGAAAAACAUAGAAAUAGUGGAAGGGAAUGAAGGAAAAAUGUGCAUUAACACAGAAUGGGGAGCAUUUGGUGACAAUGGCUGCAUUGACCACAUCAGGACAAAAUACGAUAGAGAAGUAGAUGAAGGCUCACUAAACCCAGGGAAACAGAGGUAUGAAAAAAUGACCAGUGGAAUGUACCUAGGUGAAAUAGUAAGGCAAAUUUUGAUUGACUUAACCAAACAAGGGCUGCUGUUCAGAGGACACAUUUCGGAAUCACUCAGGAAAAGAGGCAUCUUUGAAACAAAAUUCCUGUCUCAGAUUGAGAGUGACCGGCUGGCCCUCCUGCAGGUGCGGCGCAUCCUGCAGCAGCUGGGGCUGGACAGCACCUGUGAGGACAGCAUCAUCGUCAAGGAGGUCUGCGGAGCUGUCUCCAGAAGGGCUGCCCGGCUCUGUGGGGCAGGGCUGGCUGCUGUUGUGGAGAAGAAGAGGGAGAACCGAGGAGUGGAGCGCUUGCAAAUCACGGUUGGAGUAGAUGGGACUCUGUACAAGCUCCAUCCGCAUUUUUCUAGGAUCCUGCAGGAAACGGUGAAGGAGCUGGCCCCUCAGUGUGAUGUGACUUUCAUGCUUUCUGAAGAUGGAAGUGGGAAGGGAGCUGCCCUCAUUACUGCGGUUGCAAAAAGAUUGCACAAUGUUGGACAGAAGUAGAAAUUAAUGGUCAAGUAAUUUCAGCCCUGCCAGGCGUGUGCAGCAGGGGUUUGCUGAGUGGUGAUUGCCAACACCAGCACACAGGUAGCUUUUUUUUGGGGAGCAGCUGGUUUUGACCAACCAGGGUUGUGGAUUUUUGGUAAUUUGGGUUAGGUGUUUCUGCUCCCCGCUGGAAUUAUGUCUUGGCAUGCCACAGCCUACUCAGUUCUGUACUUCCUGCAAUGCAUCUCAAUGCACACGGGAGAGUGAAAACAAAACAAACAAAAUCAACCCAAAUGUGUCUUUUUACAACAUCUUAAUUAAGCUACUGCACCACAACUGAGUUUAUCACCAGUUCCUUAGGAUCUGUGUGCUUAGUUUUGUCUUGCCCUGGCUCAAAGAUUAUUGAGAUUCUGAUGUUGCAUCUUAUCUAGUGGACAUAUUUGUUCAAUGCUUGACAGGUUUUACAAUAAAUUUGCAGGUGAAAUAAAUUAAUGGACUGUGGUCAGUGAUGCUCCCCCUGCUGCUGCACAGGUUGCAAGCGUAAUGCAAGACUUCCCUGAGGACAGGAAGCAUGUUUAAAAGAUGAAUGUAAAAGAAAAAAUUGUGAUUCCACAGAAUAUCAGUUUGUGUCAAAAUACGUCAGUGCAUCUGAGUCACAUAAAGCUAGACCAGUGCUGCAUGGAUUCUGACUGUGACUGCUGCUUUGGAUACUGAAGGAAGCAGAGAAUGUAGAAGGAGCUCAGAGUCUGCAACGUCUGUAUCAGGGUUACAUAGAGGGUGUCAAACAGCCCACCAAAAUAGUGUAUAGAGGAGGGGAAAAAAUCACCUGCAUUUCUGAAAGUCUCUUCUUUGUUUUCCCUCUGUUAUCUUCUUGCAUGUUCCUGAGAGAAUUGUUUCCAUUCUGUGCAAAGGAGCUUAUCCUUGGUUUUCAUUUUCUGUUGCCUGCUGCUCUGCCUGUUUGUAGUCUGUUUGUAAAUAAAUGUGUGUUAUUGUGAGCCUUUGCUUCUCUGUCCAGUGCGUCUUCUGAGCUGUGGGAAGAACAUGCAAGUGGGAGCUUUCUUAAAACCUAAAUCUUUAAACGUAAACCUUUAAAUCUAAAUCUGUGUGUGUGCUCAGCAGCACUUCAGUGAUUGUGAAGGGGGUUUGUGGAUAGAGCUCAUGGCCUUGUGUGACCAAACCUCCCUGACCUGAUUUACCCAGAACAAUCCAAAACAAAAAUAUGGUACAGAGAAGCUGCAAAUCUGUGUCCUGCCUGUUCUCUCUUGUCAAGAAUUCCUGUAUCCCUUUUAAUCCUCUCUUUGUGGGUAUUUGCUUCCUUGUGGGCUGACAGCAGAAAGUGGGGCCAAGAAAUGUGCUUUAAGCCUAGUUAGGUCAAAAGUAACUGUGGUGCAGGGGGAUAAGCAGUUGGGUUUAUGUAAUGAUCUGUGACAAGGCUGCUGCUGGGUUUAAAUUUAGCAAUCCCAAAUUCAAAAUUGGAAGCUACAGACUUUUGUGUUUUGUAGUUUUUUUAAAAAAAAACAAAAUCUGUCAACAGCUCUGUGUCUGUGUUGGAGUUACUGGGUGGGUAGAAGAUACUUGCAAAUAAUUUUCACUUCUGAAGGAAUUCCUUAUGAUGCUGAGCUCAUUGUACCAAGUUGUGAACUCCUAUUACAUUUAAUGCUCUUCUCCUUUCGUCAAGAAAUGCAGUAUUUUACUUUUUCUUUAUAUUUCAGA